AUGGCGUCUCCAACCCCCGGGUACAUGAAUCCUCAAACACUGCCUAAUAGGCUGCCCAAACUCUCAUACCGAACCAAAUCAUGCGACACCGAGUCGGUCAGCUCUGCGUCCACUGGAUUUACAAGGUCCACAGUAUCCACCGCUCCCACCUCGCCGCUCCACUCCAAUUUCUGCCCUUCACCACGGUCGCCGUCUUCGGAGAUGUCUCUUCCUUGCAGCCCGGGGCGGUCCUCGUUGGCUCCAUCGUCAACGUCUUCAAAGACCUCCUCGAACCUCGCAAAGAAACGAUCAAACUUCUUCUCAAGUCUAUUCAGCGUCAAAGAACCUUCGGCACAGGCUUUGCAAGACUACCAGCGGCAGUUGAUGAAGCAGGGCGGUGGCCGAGUCACUGCAGUCGGCAUGCCAGGCGUGUCAUCAGCGAAGCUGCCGGUCACGGUCCCCAAAGUCAACUCGAAAUGGGACGGUGUUCCGCAGACAUUGAAAGAGAAGGAGAAGCAACAGGACGCGGCGAGUCAAUCAAUGUCAGGGUUGAGCCGGCCGCUUGGCACCUCAAGGUCAGGAGGAUCGGAGCGUAGGGCUAUAUCUACGGCAGAUUCGUCAAGAAGACGUCUCAGCCGUGGUACCCUCGGUGGAGCGUCAAUACAGAGUGGUAGCAGCAACAAUUUGGCUGAACUUUACGGUUGGGAGACCAGUAGCUAUCAUAGCGGAAGCUCCGCCAUAGAUUAUGCCACGGAGCAUAGGCGUACGACAUCUCGGACUACAUCAUCCUGGAGUGCUCCUCCUCUACAGCAGAACUCGUCAUAUUUCCCACAAGAUCUUCCUCGACCGCCCGCUGUUUCGUUCCCACCCACCAAGCUGUCUCCUCCAAAUCGCUUUGGCUCACCGAAUCCACCCGCUCUCUCCUACUCGCCAGUGUUCACGCCUUAUGAUUCAUCGCCUGCCACACCCGAUGCACCGUCACAAUUCAUAAGCUUCACUUCGCCGAUAUUAGAACAUAGUUCUCAAGAGAACACCAAGACUACUUUGUUAGAAGCGCCGGGGUCUGCUGAAGAAGUCAUUGUGAAGUCAGCUGGAGUCAACAUCCUUGGUCCUCCCGCCGCGGCGAAACGAAAACCCAGACCCACUCCUCUCCAACCCAGCAAUCAGCGCCCACAAACAUCAGGAGAGGGGUCCCAUUUUAGCUCUAUGCUUCGCAGGGAACCACCAGUCCAGAAAGAUGCGCCAUCUCAACGUCCACCGAUUACUUCUUACUUCCCGAAUACCAUAACUACGCCAAGUUCAGAUUCACCUGCAACAGUGCCUACCCGACACAACUCUACGCGCGAGAGGCUGGGGCUGGGCAUGAGCUUAAAGAAUCGAACUGUAGCGCCAUGGCAGUUUCCUGAACAGGCGACGGAUGUCAAUGCCAGCGGCGAGAGGAUCAUCACGCCAACGCCGGAGAGUGGACGGUCUUUGAGAAGGAAGGGUCGGAUGGCUUUGUUCAAAAAGUAA